AUGAUGCCAUUCAUAUGGAAAGGAAGAAUGCACUCAUACAAAAACACUUUGGGGCUUGUGAAGAGAAUUGAUCUAUCAAGAAAUAGAUUAACAGGGGAGAUUCCAAGUGAAAUCACUCAUCUUGUUGGGUUGGUUUCUUUAAACCUGUCGGGAAACCAAUUAACAGGUCAAAUCACUCUAGAGAUUGGAAACUUGCAGUCACUGGAUGCCCUUGAUUUGUCAAGAAAACGGAUAGAAGGAAGAAUUCCAACAAGCCUUUCGCGGAUUGAUCGUCUUAGUUUCUUGGACUUGUCAUUUAACAACUUAUCUGGCGAAAUUCCAAUCAAGACUCAGCUCCAAGGCUUUGAUCCCUCUGUUUAUGCUGGAAAUCAACUCUGUGGACCUCCACUUAAAAAUUUGUGUGUUGAUCAAAAUGUGCAAACGGAAUUGAGCAAUCAAGAGGAUGAUAAGGAUGAGCUUAUUACACUGGGAUUUUACAUCAGUAUGGGGCUUGGGUUUGCUGCUGGAUUUUGGGGAUUUUGGGGAGUUUGCGGCACUUUGAUAUUCAAGAGCUCCAGCAUCUUUGGAGACAACAUCCAUGCUUCACUUGACUUGAAGAAUGCAUAG